AUGACUCAACAAAAAGCAAUUGAUUAUGCGAUAGCCACGAUCCCUGAUAUUUUACCAUUAGAAGCAGAUGAGAUCAGGACAUUAUGUGAUCAAAUAAUAAAAUCAUGCAAUGGAUCACCUGAACAAAUAGCAGAAGGGUUUAUGGGUAUUUUGGGACAAGAAGAAUUGGUUUUUGACUUUGUUAUUAGAUUUAAUGAACUAUAUAAUGAAGAAGUUUCUGUGAGAAAGGAAACACCUAGCAAUCCAAAUGAGCCAAGUAAUGAAGCAACACCAGUACGCAUCAAAACAUCAGAAAGUAAAGCCCUAGAGUCUAAUAUAAAGAAAUCACAAGAAAUCAAACCAACCAAACCAGCAACUGUCAAAAGUAAGCCAAUAGAAAGUGGAUCGUUGGUUUCAAGCAAAUUAGACCAGGUAGUAAGUAAACCGGAAAAACAGUUAAACACUACACAGAAGAAGAAUCGAAAGGUCCAAUCGUUGCAAGAAAUUGAUGAAAUUGUUAAGAUUCUAGAAGUUGAGAGGGAGAAUAAAAAUUCAGAUGAUUAUGCUUGUAACUGUCAAGCUAGAAGACACCCUUUAUUCGAACUAGUCCCAAAUUGUUUGUCAUGUGGCAAAAUAAUCUGUAUCAAGGAAGGUCUACAUUUAAAUAACUGCAGCUUUUGCGGAGAAGAAUUAAUACCUAUAAAUGAACGACUAGAAAUAAUGGAUUAUCUGAACAAAGAGAAGGACGAAAUCAUAAAUCGAAAGAUUGUAGAGGCACCAGUAUCUAGAAAGAAAAAACCAGAAAAUAGUUAUAAAAUCUCAACUGGUAUGGGUAAAAAUAUGUUUGAAGAACAUGAUAAACUAAUGAACUUUAUAGAGAAGCAACAAGAACGUGAAAAGAAAAGAAGGGAAGUUUUAAAUAGUAAUGAAGCUGAGAAUGAUACGCCGACACAUGCGACAAAUAGAGAUGAUGUUGACGAAGAACUUCAAGCCGCUCAAGACAGAUUGCAAAAACUAUUACAUUAUCAAGAUACAUCUGCCGAAAGAACAAAAAUUAUUGAUAAUGCCAGUGAUUUUAGUAUGAGUAACGAGACAAGCAUAUGGGGUAGUGCAAAAGAGCGCGCCUUAUUGUUAAAGAAGCAACAAAGAAAUAUGAAAAAAUGGGAGCAACUAGAAAAGGAAAGAAACGGUAAAAGAGAUAAAUAUGUGGUCAGUAUGAAUAUUAAUUCUGAUGGUAAGGUCACCAUGUCAGAGGUAUUGAAAUCUGAUCAAACUAUUAACGCUCAUUCUGACGAUGACCUUGAUGAAAUAAGUGAUGAUGAGGACCGUGAAGACCUUCUAAAUAUUAAGCAACUAAAGAGCGAUAUAAAUAAAGAAAAAUCACUAAAUGAAGAAGCAGCUUAUAACAGUGAAUGGGAUUUCGAAAAAGAUCAAAAAAAAUUCACUGUGCCUGUCUAUUACAGAUCUGAAAAUAGCAAGAAUGAAACCCAGGCUGACACUAAAUUAAUGCAAGAUGAAGCCAAUAACGAUAAUCAAGUUUCCAAUAAUUGGAAAAAUAGAGUACAAUUUGAGCAGACCGAAGCUGGCUCAUUAGAGCAAAAUAUCCUAGCUAUUAUUUAG